AUGCUUCUGGCUAGGUUAAAAUCAAUUCUAGUUUGGGCUAAAGACCUAUCAACCAGCGGAGGAUUCUUUAAUCCAAUUCGAAUUGGGGCUAAAGACCUAUCAACCAGCGGAGGAUUCUUUAAUCCAAUUCGAAUUGGGGCUAAAGACCUAUCAACCAGCGGAGGAUUCUUUAAUCCAAUUCGAAUUGGGGCUAAAGACCUAUCAACCAGCGGAGGAUUCUUUAAUCCAAUUCGAAUUGGGGCUAAAGACCUAUCAACCAGCGGAGGAUUCUUUAAUCCAAUUCGAAUUGGGGCUAAAGACCUAUCAACCAGCGGAGGAUUCUUUAAUCCAAUUCGAAUUGGGGCUAAAGACCUAUCAACCAGCGGAGGAUUCUUUAAUCCAAUUCGAAUUGGGGCUAAAGACCUAUCAACCAGCGGAGGAUUCUUUAAUCCAAUUCGAAUUGGGGCUAAAGACCUAUCAACCAGCGGAGGAUUCUUUAAUCCAAUUCGAAUUGGGGCUAAAGACCUAUCAACCAGCGGAGGAUUCUUUAAUCCAAUUCGAAUUGGGGCUAAAGACCUAUCAACCAGCGGAGGAUUCUUUAAUCCAAUUCGAAUUGGGGCUAAAGACCUAUCAACCAGCGGAGGAUUCUUUAAUCCAAUUCGAAUUGGGGCUAAAGACCUAUCAACCAGCGGAGGAUUAUUUAAUCCAAUUCAAAUUGGGGCUAAAGACCUAUCAACCAGCGGAGGAUUAUUUAAUCCAUCACAACAGCUUAUCAACCAACCAACAAGGAUAGUUUUGUCCUGUAUAAUUUAUUCUCUCAGGAUAUGUACACCGGGAAAUGAACAGGUGUACAGCAGUGUAAAUCACUUCUGGCUGAACUGA